GUGCAGCGCGCCAAGUUUUGGAAGGUGAAACCAAAGAGUAGCACCAACUUCCCCCCCCUGAGAGGCGCGGGGACCUUCGCGCUACCGCUAGGUAGCACACAGAGGGGACACUCGCCAGCCCAAUUGCGCCGAGGGCACGGCGGGUUGCCAAAUGAAUGAAUGAAUUGCCGGAGCGAGUGGGGUGAGGACGCGUGGAGAGUGUGAGCAGGUCCAGGUCCAGUCAGAUUCGGCAAUUGGGGCGUGAGAAGGUUCUGGUGAGGCGUGGUAUCCAUGACGGUGGUGGUCCCGACGGGCAAGAGACGACGUGGACAAGACGACAUUCGGAAAUGCGCUUCCUGUCUAAGGCUGCGACUGCGACCUACUUACCUGAAGUAUAUGGAGAACGUCAGUUUGUGAUUGUACCUGUCAAGGUAAUCGACGUUGUAAUUAAUUAGUGGCAGAGAGGAGCAUGUGCGGGCCGUCCUCUUAACUUUCUUCACCGGGAGUGCGCAGUCGUUGCCUGCUUCUUUCAUCAAUCAAGUGGUGAUCAGCAGUAGGAUAAGGAGCAGCUCGAGGAGGGGGGGGAAGGGGGGCGUGGUUAUGUGGGUAGAGAGAGAGAGAGAGAGAGAGAGAGAGAGAGAGAGAGAGAGAGAGAGAGAGAGAGAGAGAGAGAGAGAGAGAGAGGAGGUUGUGAGAGGUGGUAGGGAUGAUGAAUCGCCACCCAGAGGAGGGUCGCUACGGCGCGCCAGUCUUGUACCCUUCGAUUGAACCGACGGCUCCAAUCGCAGCUCCUCGGUACGUAGGCGCUCCUCAGUCUAUGGUGGGGGAGUACGGGUACGGAUUGGCUCAAGGGGGUUAUUCCUCAGCCGGGUAUACUCAACCAAGUUCGACCUAUCCAAGCACAGUGGGGGUUAGUAAUUACCACAGUGACUUCUCUUCUGGGAUCCAGGACCAUUCUUCCGUAUCUAUGGACAGAUCGGGCGGAGCGCACGAUGCUGGGUCGUAUAGCUUCCAUGGAGGGCAGCACACGCAGGCGUCGGCGCCGUCGAUGAGCAUGUACGGCAGCGGAGUGGGAUUGGGGUCAUCAAACAACGAUUACUUCGGAGGGGGAGGGCAAGGGCAUGAAGAUGUCGCGGGGGGGGAGGCGUCAUACUUGGCCGCCGCCCCACAGUUCGGGGGAGGAGGAGGUGAUGUCGUUCGAUACGAUGGCGGGAUGGGCGAGCCCUAUGGCAGUAGAGGUGUGUUGAUCCCUAUGUGGGAGUCCCGAGGAGGAGGAGGAGGAGGGGGAGGGGGAGGGGGAGGAGGAGGGAGAUGGCAGAAACCGGAUGUGGAGGAAGUAGGCGGUGCUCAAAGAUUUCGCGUGAAGUUGCUUCAAGAUACCGAGCCUUCUCAACAGCAGGUUUUCUGCCAAAUCGGGCUUGAUGGGGUGCGUGUGCUGGACAUCAACGGCUCUAAAACUCUGAAGAUCUUCCCCUUGGAACACAUUAUAAGGUGGUCGGUACAGGAUGGGUCAGUCUUCACCUUCUGGGCGAAGAGUCCUAUCGAUGUUAAUCAGAGGGCGGUCAGGCUUCAGUCCAACAGUGUGACGGCCACGGCGAUGUUGGAUACCCUGACGGCGGCAUGUGCGCAGCUGUCGGAGAUGGUGGAGAAUGGGGGGAGCGAGGGAGGAGGAGGAGGGGACAAGGGUGCGUCCUCGUCCGCAGCAGGAGAGGGUACGAGUGACCCCAGGAAGGGAUCCUUGAUUGAUUGGGUGGCAAGUAGGCGGCUGCUCGCCGCCGCCGCAGUGCCAGCGGAGGAGAAACAGCACUGGGUGCCCGACGAAGCAGUAAAGAGCUGCACUUGCUGUCAGGCCGAGUUCACGACUUUCUUGAGACGUCAUCACUGCCGUAAUUGCGGCGAUAUCUUCUGCGACAAGUGCACACGUGGCAGGACCCCAUUGACAAUGGACGAAGAUGCGCAGCCGGUGCGUGUGUGCGACCGCUGCUUGGCUGAGGUGACGCAGAGAUUGACGAAUUCCAAACCGGUGGGGCCAUCGCUUGUCAGUAGUCAAAGGACUCACGAAGAUCUGGCGAAGAAGCUGCAAGAGGAGCUGGAAAAGAAGACCCGAAGAGGAGGAGGAGGAGGGGGGGGGGGGGGGGGGGGGGGCGGUUCGGCUAGCAGUUCCUCGAGAACUGGAAGUGGCAGCUAUGGCGGCGGAUAUGGCGUGGAAUCGGGGGACAGUGGAGAUCAUCAACCGUCCGCUUUCACUUGUCCAAGAUGUGGUGUUGUGUCUAUCGUGUCGAGCAGAAAUUCGCGCUGUAGUUCUUGUGGAUUAGAUGCUACGGGGGCGGGAAUGGGAGGAGGAGGAGGAGGGAGACCGCAGCAGCAGCAGGAGCACAUCCCGCCUCGGGUUCCUGUGGGACCGCCACAUCUUUGGCCAUCUUCCAUUAAUGGUGGAGGCAGGGAGAGGGAGGAUGAUCGACGCAAUCUGCGGGAGUAUGCCUGCCCUACUUGUACUGUCCAUCUCCAGGUGCAGGUCCCUGCGUUCGGUACGGAGACCAUAGAGUGUGGAGUUUGCGGCAACCCAUUUCUCGUCAGCGCGAAUGGCUGACGGUAUCUGUCCGUAGUGGUGGUCCCGGAGCAGACGAAGCUACGCUUUGAGUGCUGUGGCAGAAAUCACGAUGUCGCCGCUCUCUCGCGCUUUUGCGUCUCUGGCGGCUCGCUCUCUUAACGGGUUGCUUGCUGCUUCUCGCCCUUUUCGUACCCGUCUGUUGUGGUCUCUUCCUUUUCCUCCACCUCUGUCCUCCUUUCCUAGACCCCCCCCUCCGCGCUCUCUUGCUCCCAUUCUCCUCCGGCCGCCCCCCCUCUUCUUUCUCCCCUUCGUCCGUAUUCACUGUUGUUGGCGGGCUGCUGUGUAUUUGCUGUGUACAGAUAGUAAGUUGUUGGGAAGGCGGGAUGAGAAGAGUGGGUGAGGAGGGGGGACAGGGUCUCUUAUGGUUUCCAAGGUAAUACAGUAUGAAAUGACGAACACAUGCUGUGCCAUUUAGCUAUGGUGGCGGCUACCUUUGUAAUGCUGCUACAGAUGAUGCAUAAAGACGACUGACGCAACUGGAAGUCAGUAGCGGGGUUCUUUGACGGUGGCAGCAUAAUAAUGGCUUCCCUUGUGUUAGCAAAAGCUGGCGACGAGACGGCGAAGAAGAUGGGAAGAGCAGCGAUGAGACGGCGAAGAAGAUGGGAAGAGUAGGAGAGAGGAAGAGGAUGGAAGAGCAGAGGAGAGAGGAAGAAGAUGGGAAGAUCAGAGGAGAGAGGAAGAAGAUGGGAGGAGCAGGAGAGAGGAAGAAGGAUACCGAGGGGUCUGAGGUGGACGUAGGCGAGGUAUGACAGCUGGGCGCAGGCUCUGAUAAAUAGACAUGAUGGACAUCUAUGCCCUAAAUGCCCUAAACAUAUCUGAAGGCGGUUGUAUGGGGAGGGGCUUCAUCUAUGCUGUCUGUCUGUAUGUGCUGAUUAGUAAAUGAAUCUUCUCCAG